AUGCAUGUGCAUCAUCUUGGCUUCAUCGCAUUUGCUCUGGCCGGCGAGACAGCUGGUCUCCUGCAGAGAUGGGAGUGCGUGAAGAACCGUCCAUGCUCCAUCCAGUUGAGCAGCGAUAACGUCACAACCGAGGACAUCAUCCUUGUUGACGAUCAGACCGCUGACGAAGAUGGUGCCUGUCCGGUGUGCUCUGAGACGAGUCGCGGCUUAUGUCCCUGGCUGACGAGAGACAGUGGCAUUGACGAUACUGUCAUGUGCGAGGACGGAAGCUUUACUACACAGUGGGCAUGCCAGCUGUACGGCUCCGGAGAUCGUGUGCUUUGCCCACCCAAUACUGUAUUGUGUGCAAACAGGGCUUGCGGAGGAGGGCUGGACUUUUGCUGUGAGUCGCAGGCACCGGAUGAGGCCACCACCUGCUUGAUGAAUGGCGGGCCGCGUGGUUGCCCCUAUUUGGAUUUGACCGCCGGGCUAGCUGCCGUCCUCAAUACAACCCAUGGUUCUACUCGGACAGGCAUGCACAGCAUCUGCCGCUGCGGCCCGGAGCACUUCCUCAAUCGAACUCCUGGCAUGAGGCUGGGGAGUCUAAACAUUGUCGGCCCUUCGGACAGCCAAACGCACGUUUGUGCAUCGGACACAGCAGAGUGCAGUAUUCAGGAUCUCGGAGGCAUCGAGUCCGUCUCGACGACCUCUCUUGUGCAAGUGACAACUGCGAAAACCUGCUAUUCAGCGGACGUUGAAACACCAGAAUCCUUCAUCGAAUCUUUUCGCUUCCGGUGGAAUGUGGCCUGGAGUGGCCUCUACUUGCAUGGUGCAGGGGAGAGCGUCGCAGCCCAGCGCUGGCUGGCUGCACAGAGCCCUGGCGUCUACACGCUCUGCUGGUGCAACAACGACACGGCAGGGGUCUGCCAGUCGAUCUCAGAUUUUAACGUUUCGGUCGGGCAUCUGGCCCUGCGGGGGCCGAACAAGCAACAGACGAGGAUGGUGACAAUCGGAGAGGAUUUGGAGCUCCCUGUCUCGGGUGUUUGGAUCUCCACCAGCAGUAUUGUUCGCAUCCAGCCCAGCUGUGGAGACUCUCAAGUUCAGAGAUCACUGAAAUCUGAGUCUGUAAACUCAACUGGCGCCGAGCUCAUCUACAGCUUCGGCUUUGUCACGGAAGAUCAACUUCCUCCUGGAACAUACAGCCUAUGUUGGUGUGAACCAGAAUACAGUGCGAUUCCAGCAAUCACUUGCUCAAGCCCUGCAGAUUUUGUGACCUUCAUUUCAGAAGUUUAUGUUCGCUGCCCAGCCGGGCAGUUCAGUGCCAAUGAUGGUCCCUGCACAUCCUGCGCGAUGUUCUGGGAAGAGCCCAACAUUUUGCGAAACCAAUGCUCGGCAGAUGCACUAAACCUUGGCGCUGUUGUUGGCAUCCUUACCUGCUAUUUCAUCGGCUGGAUCGUGCUAUGGUAUCAGGUGGGAAUCCUUACUUCCAACGACAGCCAAGGCUGCAGAUGCCUAGGUCUGUCAGGUCGCAAGGUGCAUCUGGAGGAUAUCACCUCAAGCCUUUCCAAAAACGGUGACUCACUUGCCACGAUCACGACACGUGGACGCCAUUGCCUGUCUGCUCGCUUCGGCGCCUUCCCUAUCUACUUCUACCAAACAGGACACUACAUGCUUGACCGAAGACCCGAAGCUCGCAAGUUUCUGUACUCCGCGCGGCCACUGGGACCUCGCCGAUUGCAGCUCUUGGAUGAAACAGGCAAACCGGUUGGCGAAGCAGAGACAUCCCGGG